AUGAGAUUGCAGCUAUUGCUGGCGCUGGUCGCCGCGGUGGGAAGUGGUAGGACAUGGGGUCUCCAGGUAAAUGCGGCUCCAGCGGAGACCCAGAAUGAAUUACGAGGACAUGAGCAUGACGAAGGCACGUCAAACGCACAGCUGGAUGUGGACCAAGAACUGGGGAGCCUUGCGCAGCAGCCGCUCUUGCGGCAGGACAGGAGACCUACUGUCCAAAGAAAGAAACCGUUGACGGGAAAGUUUUUGCAUAUUACAGACUUCCACCCUGAUCCGUUCUACAAGGUCCACUCGUCAUCCGAAAAAGGCGAUUCUUGUCACAAAAAUGAUGGUCAAAUUGGCUUCUAUGGCGCCGAGAAAACCGAUUGCGACUCGCCCAUCUCGCUCGUGAACGCGACGUUCAACUGGAUUUCGGAAAACAUCAAAGACGAGAUUGACUUUAUCGUCUGGACGGGCGACUCUGCGAGGCACGACAAUGACGAAGAUAUACCACGAAACACGGCCCAGGUCGAGGGACAGAAUCAAUUUCUCGUGGACAAGUUCGUUGAAGUCUUUGGCAAGUCGAAAGACCCAAAUGACCGCGACCCGCUCAAUAAUUUCAUCGUUCCGAUCAUACCCACUUAUGGUAACAACGAUAUAUUGCCACACAACAUUAUGACCGAAGGACCCAAUCACUGGACCAAAGAAUAUUUAAAAAUCUGGAGGAAAUUCAUUCCUGAGGAACAGCGCCAUCAAUUUGAAAAGGGCGGCUGGUUCUUUGUCGAGGCCAUUCCCAACAAGCUUGCCGUUUUCAGCUUGAACACCCUCUACUUCUUCACAUCCAACAGUGCCGUUGACGGAUGUGCCAAAAAGUCCGAGCCAGGGUAUCAGCAGAUGGAAUGGCUCCGAAUUCAAUUGCAAUUCCUCCGAAUCCGCGGCAUGAAAGCCAUCUUGAUCGGACACGUUCCUCCCGCGCGGACCGACAGCAAAACUAGCUGGGACGAAUCAUGCUGGCAAAAAUACUCCCUCUGGCUACGACAAUAUCGAGACGUGGUGGUCGGUUCGAUCUACGGCCAUAUGAACAUUGACCAUUUCAUUCUGCAAGACUUUGACGACAUUGAGAUUGGGCCCCACGGCACUACCGGUGGUGCCAAGUCAAUCGACGCCCGAGUAGCUAUGGAUGACCACCUCACCGUGCAGUCUUCCGCAGACUACUUGCUCGAGCUACGAGACGACUGGUCUGACCUGCCAAAGCCACCAGAAGUCACCGCACUCGAAGAGUACGGCGACCCUGAGCUGUCCGUGGAGCAGAUCCAGGCCCGUCUGAGAAGAAAGAAGAAGAGAAAGGGCCACAAGAGCAGGAAACAGAAAUUCUUCGAAAAAGUCGGCGGCGAAUUCGCCGAACGAUACAGCUUGUCCCUUGUCUCUCCCAGCAUCGUGCCGAAUUACUUCCCCACCUUGAGAAUAAUCGAGUAUAACGUUACUGGUCUCGAAUCCUCUUCUUCUUCCAUCUUUCCUUUGGAAUCCGAUAUUUUCCCGACCCACCAUCCUGCCGGCCUCGACGAGCUCGAAACCCAGCAACAAGAGCAACAAGAGUCCGACUCACUCUGGACAUCCAAAAAGAAGAGAAAAGGCCGCAAAGGCAAAAAGGACAAACUCAUCGUCCCUGAUCCCCCCUCGAAAUCCGCCCCGCCGGGUCCUGCUUAUUCCCCACAGACGUUGUCUUGGCUGGGAUAUACCCAAUACUUUGCCAAUCUGACAGACAUCAACAACGAGACCGACGCUCUUGACAUCGCCCUUGAUGAUCAUCAAGACGCAGAUGAUGGGCAUGUCCAGAGUCAAAAGAAGGAUAAAAAACAGAAACCCCACCCCAAGGAAUUCAAUUUCCAGGUCGAAUAUUCCACGUUCAAUGACUCCAUUUACAAACUCAAGGACAUGACCGUCAUGAGCUACCUCAAGCUUGCCCAGCGUAUUGGGCAGUCAAGGCCCACUUCGGACGAGGAUUCGUGGGACGCGCAAGAGCUUGAGCCUGAUCACGCGGAGGAUGAAAGCGAUGAUGAAAAGGAGGACGAUGACCAGGACGAGGAGGAAGAGGCCAGUGCGAACAAGUCUCGCAAGAGAAAAGGCAAAGGCAAAGGCAAGUCCUCCAAUGGGAAAAGUGACAAGCGGCUAGCCAGCAGGAGGAGGAGAAGAAAGGGACAAAAGAUUGCAAAUAAAGUCUGGUAUACUUUUGUCCGGAGAGCAUAUGUCGAUACCAAGGCCGAACAGGACCUGCAUGACAACUUUGGAGAACCACUCUGA